GUUAUUUGAAGGACUAUUACUGUUAAAUGCACUCUAAUUCAUUAUUAAUUCUAAUGUUCAGAGAUAACUUAACUUUAUUACCAUGUCGACCAAAAUUUUGAAAUCGGCUAUUUCAAAAUAUUUUAUACGAAACUUUGCAACUAAACAAACUUCUGUAAGGAUUAUAGAAGUGGGACCAAGAGAUGGAUUACAAAAUGAACCAAAAAUUUUAUCAACAGAUAUUAAAGUUGAAUUUAUUAAUCUUUUAUCAGAAACUGGUCUUAAAUCCAUUGAAGCAACAAGUUUUGUUAGUCCAAAAUGGGUUCCGCAAAUGGCAGAUAAUAGUGAUGUUUUAGGUGCCAUAAAUCGUCAUCCUGGAGUAGCUUAUCCUGUAUUAGUACCAAAUUUAAAGGGCUUUAAUAGUGCUCUGAAUUCAAAAGCCAAUGAAAUUGCAGUGUUUGGAGCUGCUUCAGAAAGCUUUUCACAAAAAAAUGUUAACUGUUCUGUUAUAGAAAGCAUAGAAAGGUUCCGUGAAGUUAUGAAAGCUGCAAAAGAGAAUAAUAUCAAAGUACGUGGUUAUGUUUCAUGUAUUGUAGGAUGUCCAUAUGAGGGUCCAAUUAAACCUUCUGCCGUAGCUAAAGUUACUGAGGCUUUGUUUGAAAUGGGGUGUUAUGAAGUAUCACUAGGAGAUACAAUUGGUGUUGGAACACCUGGAACCACUAAACCUAUGCUAGAAGAAGUUCUUAAAAUAGCUCCUGCUGAAUCACUUGCAGUUCAUUAUCAUGACACUUAUGGACAAGCACUAGCAAAUAUAUUAUGUUCACUAGAGUAUGGAAUUUCUGUUGUGGACUCGUCAGUUUCUGGGCUAGGUGGAUGUCCAUAUGCUCGAGGUGCAUCUGGUAAUGCAGCCACUGAAGAUGUUGUAUAUAUGUUAGAAGGGUUGGGUGCGCACACAGGUGUUGACUUAGAUAAAUUAAUACAUGCUGGUAGAUUUAUUUGUGAUGCUUUAGGACGUGAGAGUGGAUCUAAAGUUAAUCUUGCAAAACGGGGAAAAUCUCUUAAAUGCUAAA